UUAUGAUUAUUAUCAUUAUUCUCGACUCCUAAUUCACACUGUACGUGGCAAUGGCGGUCGCGGGAACUCUGGCUCGGUCAGUCGAGACUCGCGUUUUACGACGGUCCUCGGCGAUAAUUACUGCCGAAAGCGCCAGGAACGCCUUGAGAAACGGCCGCGACUCCCGGCGUAGAACCCUAGGUCCGGCCAAGCCCAAUCGCUUGGUCCGUCUUGCGUCCUCCUUCACUUGUCAGCGACAGCCCCGUGCGACAAGUGCAGCGCGCGCUCGUUUCGUUGAGCCUGGUAACCGCAGUCUCGUUCAUCCUAGCAGCAAGAAUCGUCUGGAUGAACUCUCCAGUUUUGGGAUCUGUCAGUGGCAACGGCAGCUGAUGGGUGGCCAACACGUGUCGCGUCAACGAAUGGGAGAGAGGGCUGUGAGCGCUGCAAGAGCAGAGCACUCAUCCUCGUCUCCUCCCCCUGCCUCGUCUCCUCCCCCUGCCUCGUCUUCCCCCUCUCCCUCGUCUCCUCCCGCUCCUUUGUCCUCCCCGCCGUCUUCCCCUCCUAGCGGCUAUUCCCCUUUCUCCUCCGGUCUCCCGCGUUUCUUCUCCCCGACUUUGCCUCAGCUAAUGGGCAGUGCUCUGCGAUUGGUGGGCUCGGAGGCGUCGCACAUGACUCGCUCGCUACGCCUUCGACCCGGUGACUCAGCGGAGCUAUUUGACGGCCAAGGAUCAAUCGUGACCGUCCGAUUGGAGUCGAUUGACCGCCAGCAGGGCCUCGUUCUUAUCGCCACGGAAGCUUCCAGGAAGGUUCCUUUCUUCGGCCCCCAGUGGACGGUGGUGGCAGCAUGUGGCACGCUCAAGGGCGGCCGUUCUGAUUGGCUGAUUGAGAAAUGCACGGAGCUGGGUGCACGCGCGUUCAUUCCCCUAGUGACAGAGCGAUCUGGGGGGAAGGGGGAGGGGCGGGUGGACAGAUGGGAGCGAGUGGCGCUGGCUGCUGCUAAGCAGAGCCAGUCUCUUCAUCGUCCUCUUAUCCACGACUUCACAUCCGUCAGCGGUCUAGCAAAGCAGAUUCAGCAGUCUCCCAUUGCCCUGCUGGGAGCCCCCAACUCGCCACCGCUGCUGGCAGCACUAGGGGCUGUGGAUCCGUCCUUGGUGCAAAGAGGGGGGCUGCUUAUAGUGGGACCAGAGGGAGACUUCACCCCUUCCGAACUAGAAGCGCUGGUGGCAGCAGGGGCACAGCCAGUGAGCUUGGGCCUGCAGAGACUACGGGUGGAGACAGCUGCUGUUGCCAUGCUGGCAGGGGUCUCGCUAGUAGCACACUCGUUGUUAGAACAGGUAGAGUUGCAUGGCAAUCAGUAGCGCGUACUAGAGUGAUGCUGCUGGUGGCAGCGGGGGUGCCGCCAGUGAGUCUGGGCCUGCAGAGACUAAGGGUGGAAACAGCUGCAGUUGCCAGCUGACAGGGGUCUCGCUAGUAGCACACUCGUUAUUAGAACAGGUAGAGUUGCAUGGCAAUCAGUAGCGCGUACUAGAGUGAUGCUGCUGGUGGCAGCGGGGGCGCAGCCAGUGAGUCUGGGCCUGCAGAGACUAAGGGUGGAAACAGCUGCAGUUGCCAGCUGGCAGGGGUCUCGCUAGCAGCACACUCGCUACAAGAACGAGGGAGUUGAGUGGUGAACAGUAGCAUACGGUAGGGUGAUUCUGAUGGCCGUAGCAGUGUGGGCAAUGAGUUUGGCGCUCCAGAGGCUAGGGGUGGAUGCAGCUGCAGUUGCCGUGCUGGCAAGGGUUUCACUAACAGCACACUCGUUACAAGAACAGGGGAGGUGAUCAGAGUAUUGCUGGCAGACAACCCGCAGAUAGUGUAACUGGGAUGGGUUUGGAGUGCUUUGAACACAACAGCUGCCAUUUUACAUACUUCUGUGUGAUUCGCUCACAUAAUAU